UUGAACCCCGGGACUGGUUCUCUCGGCAGGUUUGCAGCCGUCGGCGCUUCUCCUGCGCGGGAGAGAGUCCCGAUCGCGCGUGGGGUCGCGAGGAAAGGGCCGCCCUCGAGCAACGGGACGGGUCGAGAGCUCUGCCUCCCUUAAGGAAAAUGGCUCCCCGGGACGCAUCGGCUGGUUCCUUUUCCUGUUCACGCAACUUCCCCGAGACUCCGCUGCGGGUUGCGAGUCGGAGGGAGCGCGAGAAUGGCGCAAGUCAGCCGGCGGACGCUGGAGUGGAUAUACUCGCUGAUUCUUCUCACCAUUGUAUUGCUUUCAUGGGGAUAUGUCAUUUAUGCAACACGAAUAGCAGCCAAAUGGCAGCUGAAGGAAGACUACCCCGCAGAAACACAGAAUCUGUGAGACAUUCAUUAGCAAAACCUUCCCACAAGCCAUGCAGCGAUGUGAAGAUAUCCACAGUUGUUUUUCGUGUGGCUGGAAUGAGCUGUGAAAAGAAUCUGAAUGCAAAGAUAGCAAGAAGAUUUACAAAAAUAAAAAUACUGAAACUUCUCAAAUAAGGAUUAGAGCAAUAAAACACCUGGAAGGAUUUUAUGUUCUCAGUCAACAAAAAAGAAUGUUCUCUUUUCACAUGCCCGUCUCUGCCAACAUCAACUAAGAAUACAACUUUAAAGAGUUCAGAUUCCUUCCAUCUCACUGAUUCAAAUACACUUAUUUCAAGCAUGAGGCUUUAGGUUGGCAUGCUAAAAGAGCCUGUUUUAAAUAUCAGGAUCACUUCUGAACAUAUUUUAUCAGCAAACCUGAUUUAUCUAUCACAUGUAUAGUGAAAAUGAAUGAAAUCCAGUAGUUUUUCCAGGCUUUCUAAUGUCUUUUACUUUCUGAAAUCUAAAAAAAGAAACUGUGCAGUGCUUAGUGACAAACUACCAUCUGGGAGACAAAGGUUCAAAUCCCACUCAGUCAUGACGCACACAGGGUGAAACUUGGCCAUCCUCUCAGCCUAACAUAUUGGCUGAAGUUUUGCUGCUGUUUUGUAGCACUACUUUUAUAGGUUUAUUUGUAUGCAUUGCUCUUCUUUCGUAUUUUAUACCAUCCUUUAUGCUUUUACAUUUUCUAAGUCACUUGGCGGUGGUUUGUGUGUGAAUAAUGAAAGGAACAAAUAAUAACCCAGAGCUGUUGUAAAGAUGAAAUAAAGAGGUGAACCGUCUCCCACCUUGAGCUGCUUGGAAGAAAUGCAAGAAUAAAUAAAAUUCCAAAUCGCUUCUCCCUCCUUUGAGAAGUUCUUCUCCCAAGACUGAGCUG